UCUGGUUGUCAAAAAUAUUGUGUAGCCUUGUCUUCUACCGAAACCAAUACCGAACCACCACCUAAUUGGUUUGACGAAACGAAACUUUGGUAUUUUAUAACGUACUUCUGAUAAAGCAGAUACAUGCAUCAGCACACUGCUAUGAAAUAAACUGCUUAGCGAUUUCGACGCAUGCCUCGGAGCUCCGGUAUCAAACAUAACUUCACUAUCAAUACGUUGUCGUAUUGUAACGUUAGUGUUUUGAAAACUGGAUCUAUUGGCAUCGGAGCUCAGGUGUCAAUCGUCCCAUCACUACAGAAACGUGGAGAAGUGAAGUACCUUGAACAAUGAAGCCGGGUCGAUGGAAAGGUCUCAGCUGGGUCCAAUUUUACUUUUCACUGCUCUGUGUCAUUCUGGACUUCCAGUUGGACGGUGUCUCGGGGGAUAACGUGGAGAUUGAGAAACACCGUGAGAUGGGCCGUAAACUGUUGGAAUCUGGUCAACUUGCUGGGGCCCUGUCCCACUACCACUCUGCAGUGGGAUCAAUUUCCUCCUGCAAUGAAAUGGUUCAUAUCAAGAUCCAACAUCUCUACCUGACCUACUAUGAGCGGGCAGCUGUGUUUCUGGCAAUGGGGAAGUCCAAGUCAGCCCUGUCGGACCUGACCAGAGCUAUCCGACUCAAACCAGAUGACCUCAUUGCCAGACUGCAGAUGGGGAAUAUCUUCCUAAAGAUGGGCAACACCCAGAUGGCCCGGGAGAACUUUCAGGCUGUGCUGCAGCGCUCCCCUGACCAGGAUGAGGCGCGGCACCAGCUGAUGAGGGCCAACGAGCUGGAGGAGCUGCAGGAAAAGGCCCACGCGACCCACCACAGAAGAGACUACAGGACCACCAUCAAUGUGUUGGAUCGGGUUUUAGUGCUGUCCCCCUGGGACCCUGAGUCUCUGGAGCUCCGGGCUGAAUGCUACAUCCACCUGGGAAACACCAGGAAGGCCAUCCAGGACCUGACUCCCACCGCCUGGCUGAGGAAUGACAACCGUGCUGCCUUCCUCAAGCUCAGUACCCUGCACUAUAGCCUGGGGGAGAACAAGGAGUCAAUAGGUCACGUCCGGGAGUGUCUGAAGCUGAACCAGGAUGACAAGAAGUGUUUGUCCCACUUCAAACAGGUGAAGAAGCUCAUCAAGCAGCUGGACUCUGCCGAGGAGCACAUCAAGGAGGAGAGGUAUCAAAUGGCCAUAUCCAACUAUGAGUCAGUGAUGAAGACAGAACCUAAUGUCCCCUACUACACCAAUAAGGCAAAAGAGAGGAUCUGCUUCUGCCUGGUCAAGGAAAAGAUGGCUGCUAAGGCAAUAGACAUCUGCUCUGAAGCCCACCAGAGAGAUCCACGCAACAUCAACAUCCUUCGAGACAGAGCUGAGGCCUUCAUCCUCAACCGGGACUACGGUGAAGCGGUGGAAGACUACGAGGAAGCGAUGGAGUUUGACAAGGAGAACAAUGAGAUCAGGGAUGGUUUAAAGCGAGCCCAGGCACUGCUCAAGUUCACCCCAAAGAAAGACUAUUAUAAGAUCCUAGGUGUCGAAAGGAGUGCCAACAAAGAGGAAAUAAUCCAUGCAUACAGGCAGCAGGCCAGAAAGUGGCAUCCUGACAAGUACAGAGUGGAUUGGGAGAAGAGGAAGGCAGGGAAACGGUUCAAUGACAUCACCUCUGCAAAAAAGGUGCUCACCAACCCAGCCUCUCUUCAGGACCUGGGGACUGUGAAGAGGCCUCUGAUUGCAUGUCUUCUGUUGUACUGAGUGUCCGACCUGUGUACCAACUGCUUGAACAGACAAGUUUGGUACAUUUUAACGCAUCAACACCUCAACACAAAGACCAAUAGUUGCGAUACAGUCAAUCUCUCCUCAACGUUGAGCCUGGAGAGACUGACAUGCGUACCACUGACAUUUGCCCUCUUGUGUACAUUUAAGUGCAAUACGUACCACUCUGUUCUGGACCAACUGGAAUUUUUCACCCGAGUGGUCAAAGACACAAAGUCCUGUAUAGGUGUGCUGUUCAGUCCUCCCAUCUAGACCCAGGCUGUUCAUGCUGUCAUUACAUUCCUCAAACUA